GCCCGCGGCCGGCCCGGCCCCCUCGGCAGGGGGCCACUUCGUCCCCGCGGCGCGGCCCGACGGAGGGCACUCGCACGCCCCAGCUGGCCGGCCCGAGCCCCCGCCCCACAGGCUGGAGAGGGAGUCGUCGGCCCCUCCACCCUACCCGCGCGGCCCACAGCGCAGAUUGGAAGGAGACAAACUGCGCCGCCCGCCCGCGCGCCUCUCGCGGUCCUCCCUCCCUGCGCGUGCCCUCCGCCCCGUCGAUCUCCCUCUUCCUCCUCGGGCGCCCUGCCUCGCGGAGCCCGUCCUGACCCGGUCACGAGGGCGAGCGGCACAGCCCGGACUUCUCCCUGCCCUACCUUCUCGAGGGCCCGCCGCGGCCGCACCAGGCAGGAGCCGGGCAGAGAUGCUCCUGCCCUCCCCGGCGUCCUCAGUCGGUGCCACCUGCUCGCUGGGGAAGAGGACACACAGACGAGCAGCUGGCACAGCCGGAGCCCCCCAACCUUGACCCAAGCAUGCAGGCCCCACCCUGCAACCUCGCGGCUGGGCUCAGCCUGGACCACCUCCUCCCCGGCAAUCUCCGGGCCCACGGAGGGUCGUCCUCCCGGGGGGCACGGGUGCCUGUGAUCCGGAAUGGUGGCUCCAAUACCCUUAAUUUCCAGUUUCAUGACCCUGCGCCCAGGACCGUGUGCAAUGGGUACAUCCCCCAGAGGAGAGAUGCUUCCCGGCACCCAGACCCUGCUUGGUAUCAGACCUGGCCCAGUCCUGGCAGCCAGCCCUCGGGGAGCCAGAAGACCCCUGCCUCCCAGCAUCCCCAGAACUGGUCAGCCACAUGGACCAAAGACAGCAAGCGUCGGGACAAGCGCUGGGUCAAAUAUGAGGGAAUCGGGCCUGUGGAUGAGAGCGGCAUGCCUAUUGCCCCCCGAUCUAGUGUUGAUAGCCCCAGGGACUGGUACCGGAGAAUGUUCCAGCAAAUUCACCGGAAAAUGCCAGACCUGCAGCUGGACUGGACCUUUGAGGAAUCACCCAAAGUGUCUUCCUCCUGUGCCGCCUCUACAGACUCCAGGCAUCCAGGGCCCCAGCAAAGACCGGUUGCCAGGCCAGGCCAGGCCUCUUCUCUGAGUGGAAGACGCUGGGACCCCUCUGAAGAGUUUCCUAGAAGCACCUUCAACUGUAAUCCUGGAGCAUCCUCCCUACACCAGACCCCAAAUCAGGUGCCCAGACGCCAAGAGAAAGCAGACAAUGUCUGGACGGAAGAUUCUUGGAACCAGUUCCUGCAAGAACUAGAGACUGGACAGAAGCCCAAGAAACUGCUAGUGGAUGACCCUGUUGAGAAGCCCUCCCAGCCCAUUGAGGUCUUGCUGGAGAGAGAGCUGGCCAAGCUGAGUGCAGAGCUGGACAAGGACCUUCGGGCAAUUGAGACCCGGCAGCCGUCCCACAAGAGCUCCCAAGUGCCCCGACGGUCCCGGGAGCCGCGGCCCCCCGCGCGUCCGGCCCCCGCCUGGAGCUCCAGUUCCCCGAAUGCACUUUACCGGGGUUCCUCCCGGCCCCUGAGCCCCCACAGAAUGGCGGAUGGAGCAAGCCCCUUCCUAGGUCGUAGGGACUUUGUCUACCCUUCCUCGGCUCCAGACCCUAAUGCCUCUGAACGAGGGGGCAGCCCAGCCAGGAAGGAAGAGAAGAAGAGGAAGGCUGCCAGACUCAAGUUUGACUUCCAGGCGCAGUCCCCCAAGGAGCUGACUCUGAAGAAGGGUGAUAUUGUCUACAUCCACAAGGAGGUGGACAAGAACUGGCUGGAGGGGGAGCACCAUGGCCGGCUAGGCAUCUUCCCUGCUAAUUAUGUGGAGGUGCUACCUGCAGAUGAGAUCCCGAAGCCCAUCAAGCCCCCAACCUACCAGGUGCUGGAGUAUGGAGAAGCUGUGGCCCAGUACAAUUUCAAGGGAGAUCUGGAGGUGGAGCUGUCCUUCCGCAAGGGGGAGCGCAUCUGCCUGAUCCGCAAGGUGAAUGAGAACUGGUACGAGGGGCGCAUCUCAGGCACGGGGCGCCAGGGCAUCUUCCCCGCCAGCUAUGUGCAGGUGUACCGCGAGCCCCGGCUCCGUAUCUGUGACGACGGUCCCCAGCUCCCUGCGUCUCCCCGCCUGACCACUGCCCGGCUGGCUCAUCACUCCAGCUCCCCGUUAACGCCGCACAGCCCAGUGGAUCCCACCGACUGGGGGAACCGGACCUCCCCCCGCCGCACCGGCUUCUCCUUCCCCACCCAGGAGCCCAGAACCCAGACCCAGAGCACCCCUGGGUCAGCUCUGUCCCAUCCUGGAGGCUCCAGCCGUCCCCUGGACCUGGGGAUGCCCCCCAGCACCACUCAGAUACACUGGACUCCGUAUCGGGCCAUGUACCAGUACAGGCCCCAAAACGAGGAUGAGCUGGAGCUGCGGGAGGGAGACCGGGUGGAUGUCAUGCAGCAGUGUGAUGACGGCUGGUUCGUGGGUGUCUCCCGAAGGACCCAGAAAUUUGGGACAUUCCCUGGAAAUUACGUAGCUCCGGUGUGAGUGGUCUCCGUGGCAACUCAGAGCCCAGCCAGGAUGGGGUGGGGAGCAGUAGCACUUAUGGGGAGAGGAUCCCCCCCAUCCUCCUUCCCCAAGACCUGAGCUGCUGGCAUCUGCAGACAACCCCAGCAGCCGUUCUUCGGAGCCCCCCUCAAAGCCCCCUGGACUGCUUCCCACCCACAGCUCACAAGCAUUCCUCCAGCAGCCUUUUUAUUUCCUCCCCUACCCCACUCCCCAAAUAUAGAGGUCUGCUUUGAAGUGGAGACUGUUUCCAGGCCUUAUUGAGACCAGACCCUGGAGCCCCCCCCCACCCCCACCUCGCCUGGCUAUGGCGUUUCCUCUAACAGGGACCGGCUCCCUGCUUUACCCCCAUGGGGUUCCUCUACCAAGGACCAGCUUCCUAACCUAACAGAGACCAAAGGCCUCCUCUGCCUGGAGCGGAUUUGUCCCCUUUCACUCCAGCUUGCCCACUGCCCCCUUUGCCUUCCUGCUUCCAGCUGGGUUUGGGAGUGAGGUGGGAGAGGGACACAGUAACCCCUUAGUGCCCAAGGCCUGGCAAGAGGUCUUGCUCGAAGGCCUCCCCUUCCCCAAGGCUGCCAAGCCCUGGGCUGUGUGUGUGACCGUGCUGCUGUAAGGCCCAGGAAGGGCUGGGCCUCAGAGGACUGGCCUACUCCAGGUGUUCCCCAGGGAGCCUCCCCUCCUGCCUCCCCAGCUCCUCCAACCCCCAAGUCCCCUCUGGAAGAGAUUGUAAAAUAAACCUGGACACCAGG